CCUUUGUUUUUUUAUAUACACAAGUUAUAUAUUUUGAAGCCAUAGAUUGGUUAAAUAAUGGAGAUCGAAUCGGUAACGUGCGAGUGUUGCGGCUUAAAGGAAGAUUGCACACAACAUUACAUUGCUAAAGUCAGAACAAACUUCGCCGGAAAAUGGCUUUGUGGGCUUUGCUCCGAGGCGGUGAGUGACGAAUUCAGCCGUAGUCUGAAGGCUACGACGGUGGAGGAAGCUGUGAACGCCCACGUGUCGUUUUGCGGCAAGUUUAAAGCUAACCCGGCAGAACUCGUAGCUGACGGCAUGAGACAGAUGCUAAGGAGGAGGUCCGGUGACUUAUCUCCGGCUAAGUCCAAGAAGUUUGGAAGAUCUAACACCACGUAAUCGUUGUAUACUCAUCCUUUUUCUCUUAGUGUUUUCUCUUAGUGUCAAUGUAUAAUAUAAUGAAAAUAUAAAAUCAGCACUUUGAGU